CACCACCUCAAACAAAUGCCUACAUGUAUUUCUUCCACAAAGGUGCGUGAGCUCGAGACUGAGGUGGAGGCCGAGCAGAGAAGAGGUGUAGACGCAGUCAAGGGAGUCCGCAAGUAUGAGCGCAGAGUCAAGGAGCUCACUUACCAGACUGAGGAGGAUAAGAAGAACGUUAGCAGACUUCAGGACCUGGUAGAUAAGCUGCAGAUGAAAGUGAAGGCCUACAAGAGGCAUUCUGAGGAAGCGGAGGAAGCAUCAAACCAGCACAUGUCUAAGUUCAGGAAGGUUCAGCAUGAGCUGGAGGAGGCUGAGGAGCGUGCUGACAUCGCUGAGACUCAGGUCAACAAGCUCAGAGCCAAGACCCGUGACUCUGGAAAGGGAAAAGAAGUUGCUGAAUAAACAAGAUCAAAGUCUUACCAUUUUCCUGUGUUUCAUAAAAUAUGAUUUUCAUGGUGAAAUGUUGAGCAUUGAUUAAAAACAUGUGGAUCUACAUACA